UGAGUUUAAUAUUGACUAAACCAAUAGGAGCCGUUGGAUCACCGGCGGCUCUAUAAGUUUGAUAUCAUUUUCAAAAACUCCCAUUUGAUUGUAUUACUAUGAGCUAGACGCGUUUUCUUUCCCCAUUACCUCUUACUUUCCCAGUAACACCCUCAUCCAAAAAAUUCCACUUCAAUUAUUCAUUUAUUUAUAUAUGCACUCUCAUAAUCACACACUUGUAUAGUUUUAUGAUCUUCAUGCACAUCAAUUCUCUUUUAUAGUUGCAAUAUUGCGAUAAACCUAUUGAUAAAAAAGAAUGGCAGACAUGGGAGGCGCCGGCGGCCAGUAUCCCGAUUUUCCGGCGGUGGCCACACACGGAGGACAGUAUAUUCAGUACAACAUUUUUGGUAACAUGUUCGAGAUCACCGCCAAGUAUCGGCCUCCGAUAAUGCCUAUUGGCCGCGGAGCUUACGGCAUAGUCUGCUCGGUUUUGAAUACGGAGACGAAAGAGAUGGUGGCAAUCAAGAAGAUUGCGAAUGCGUUUGAUAAUUACAUGGAUGCCAAGAGGACCCUUAGGGAGAUCAAGCUUCUUCGCCACUUGGACCAUGAAAAUGUUUAUGUGAUCCCUCCCCCUUUAAGAAGGGAAUUCACAGAUGUCUAUAUAGCUACAGAACUUAUGGACACCGAUCUCCACCAAAUCAUUCGUUCUAAUCAGGGCUUAUCCGAGGAGCAUUGUCAGUACUUCUUGUACCAGCUCCUUAGAGGCCUCAAAUACAUACACUCGGCCGGCAUUAUACAUCGUGACCUGAAACCCAGCAAUCUAUUACUGAAUGCUAAUUGUGAUCUCAAGAUAUGCGACUUUGGUCUUGCUCGAUUGAACUCGGAAAACGAGUUCAUGACCGAAUAUGUGGUGACGAGAUGGUACAGGGCUCCUGAGCUGCUUUUGAAUUCAUCUGAAUAUAGUGCAGCCAUUGAUCUUUUGGGCACACCCACAGAUGCUGACCUGGAUUCGACACGAAAUGAGGAUGCGAAAAGGUACAUAAGACAACUCCCCCAAUACCCUCGACAGAAUUUGGCAAAGAUUUUCCCGCACGUGAAUCCCAUGGCCAUUGAUCUUGUUGAUAAGAUGCUCACAAUAAACCCCACCAAGCGAAUUACAGUUGAGGCAGCUUUAGAGCAUCCUUACUUAGAGAGAUUGCAUGACUCGGCUGACGAGCCAGUUUGCUUGGAUUCGUUCUCUUUUGAGUUGGAGCACCAAGUGCUGACAGAAGAACAAAUGAAGGAGCUGAUAUACAAGGAGGCCUUGGAACUUAAUCCGCAUUAUGCGUGAUUAAUGAGAAUUAAGGUCCAUCAUGUUUUUUUUUUCUUUUGGCUAUUUAAUAAAAGACUGGAUCAGUCUUCGUGGGCUUUAGUUUGUUCUACUUAUAUUUAGGUGAUUUCAACUGUAGUGUCCGUGAACAAGUAGCCAGCUUGAAGUUCUACUCGAACGAGAAUCCAAUAUUUUCUUUGUAUAGUUCAAGGUCAUGUUCUUGACAAGUUUUAGAAAAGGUUGUUAUAUGUCUUAAACAGGAGAUGUUUUUAUCUCUGUGUUUGUUUACUUGGGUGUAUAACAUAUUGUGGGCUUCAGAUUCCCUUUUCUUUCUUUCUUUCUUUUUCCUUUUAUUUUUCCUUAAUGACUUUAUCGGCAUAUCGAAAUUGUGUUACUAUUAUGUACAGAGUGGAUGAUGUUAUUCAGACAUGUAUCUCUCGUUAUUAAUAAAGUAACAUGUACAUUCAUAAAAAUUUCAUCUUUUG